AUGUUCAGGCCCCGACUCGUGGUGGCCGACUGGGACGAGACUAUCACCCUUGAGGAUACCAUCAGGCUCGUGGCUGACACUGCUUAUGCCGCCAAACCCCGUUUCCAACCCCCAUUUUCCCACUUUUCCCAGACGUAUCUCGAUGCCUACGACGCCCACAACCAGCAGUUUCUACGUCUCCACGGCAAAAGAGACUCGCUAGAAAAGGAGCUCGAGUACCAGCACGGCAUGCGUGCGGUGGAGAUGUCAUCCAUCGCGGAAAUCGAGCGUUUGGGGCUCUUCAAGGGCUUAAAAAGUGCUCAGUUUCGCCUCCAGGCACAGCAUGUCCAGAUCAGACCCGGUGUAGAGCAGUUUUUGAGCCGUUGCAGGGACCAGAGCAUCCCUGUUGUGAUCCUAAGCAUCAAUUGGACGAAGGCGAUCAUCGCAGAGUGCUUGAAAAGGCUUGGAUUUGAGGAAAACGACUUACUCCGGAUCAUAGUCAACGAGUUCGAGUACACCCACGAAGUUAUCGAUGGUGUAGCCACCGAAUUGACCUCGGGAAAGUGGUCGCUGGAAACGAAUGUGCGAACUGCCAUCGACAAGCUUGAGUUCGUCAAGCUGUUGAAGAAAAAGCACUCGGAUGUGCUCUACAUAGGAGACAGUGGAACGGAUCUCUUGGGGAUGCUCGAGAGCGACAAGGCGGUGGUGAUGGAUAGGGGAUCGGCUCUCAAGAGCCUCGACCUGCUUGGCAUCAAGCGACUCGCCGAGGCCUCUACUCUACUGAAGCCGCAAUUCGAAGCACACUAG